CGGGCGGACGGUAUUGAGCGUCGGACAAAGAUGGCGCCCUCCAGCUCCGCCCGCGGGAGACUUACCACAGAGCGCAAGAAAUUGGCGAAAAAGCAGACGAAAUGUCGGCGCGUCCUCCUCAACCGCCACGGCAUCGAAACCGUAUGCGGCCCCACGCGGCAUGUGAUUGUCACCAAUGGUGGUCUGGGUAAUGGUGUCAGCCGAGAGCAGCUGCUUGAAGUGUUGCAGGUCUUUGGAACUGUUGAGGCCCUUCUGAUGCCUCCUAGCAAACCGUAUGCAUUUGUGACUUAUGGCACAGUGCAGGAAGCCCGGGAAGCAUAUAACUCCCUCAACGGGCGAGAGCUUGGGACUGAUUGCAACACUCUACCAGUCACUCUAUAUUCAAACUUUGUAGAGAAAGUUCUUGGUGAAGACAUUGCUUCUCCGAGUCUGCCCUCAGGUCUCCUUGUGGUUGAAGAGUUUGUGUCGCCCACAUACGAGCAGAAGCUUUUGGAGUUUGUGGAUUGGAGCACAGAUCUGACCAACAAAAGUACUCAGAAAUCCCUGAAACAUCGUAGGGUGAAACAUUACGGGUAUGAAUUUCGUUAUGACAACAAUAAUGUGGACAAGGACAAACCACUGCCAGGAGGCCUUCCUGAAAUUUGUACUGAAGUAUUGGAGAAAUCCAUUGAAAAGGGAUAUGUAAAAUUUAGACCUGAUCAGCUGACAAUAAAUCAGUAUGAACCUGGACAAGGAAUUCCUCCACACAUUGACACACACUCUGCAUUUGAGAAUGGGAUCAUCUGUCUGAGCCUGGGAACAGAGACAGUCAUGGACUUUAAGGAUCGAUCUGGACACAGUGUUGCAGUGAUGCUGCCCCGUCGAAGUCUGCUUGUCAUGACCGAUGAAUCUAGGUAUUUGUGGAGUCAUGGAAUUACACCUAGAAAGUUUGACGUGGUGCAGUCAUCGGAGACCCUAAAACCUGGAAGCAUCAGUAGGGACAUCAGCGACUUGACCUUAAAUAAGAGAGGAACCAGGACCAGUUUCACCUUCAGGAAAGUGAGGAUGACUCCUUGUGACUGUGCAUAUCCAGAAGUGUGCGACAGCCAGAUUGGUGAUCAGUGCAAGGAGUCCUUACCCGCAGUCCCCACUAGUGAAGGGGACGCUUCAAAGCUGGAAUGUGAAUAUGUACACAAAGUCUACAAUGAAAUUGCAGACCACUUCAGCAGUACUAGACACUCACCGUGGCCAAAGGUGAACGAGUUCCUGAAAGCAUUGCCUGAUGGAGCUUUGGUGGCUGACAUUGGUUGUGGGAAUGGCAAAUACCUGGGGGUGAACAAGGAUGCAUUUAUGUUGGGGUGUGAUCGCAGCAAAAACCUUGUUGAUAUUUGUGGAGAGAGAAAGUUUGAGGUCUUCGUCUGUGAUGCCUUGUUUGUGCCCUUGCGUAGCGGUGUUUGCGAUGCCUGCAUUUCUAUAGCAGUAAUCCAUCACUUUUCAACACAGGAUAGGAGACUGGCGGCCAUCAAAGAGAUUGCAAGACUUCUGCGUCCUGGAGGCAAAGCACUUCUCUAUAUUUGGGCUAUGGAACAGGAAUACCACAAAGUCAAGUCUAAAUACCUGAAGGAAAGCAAAGUAACACCUGAGGAAACUCAAAGCCAUGGCACCGAAAUGCCAACUCCGACCAAUUCCUCUCACAAAUCUAAAGAUUCCAAUGAAAUGGAUGCAAGAUGUUUUGAACCAUCGACAUGGGUUACAAAGGACCCAACAGUUAAACUAAACCAUGCAAAGCUGUCUGUUCACAAAAAUCGAACUGCCUUUGAUUCUCAAGAUCUGCUUGUUCCUUGGCAUUUGAAAGAUGGCUGUAAGAGAGACCAAAAAAAUGACCGGCUCUCAUGUCAGCCUCUUGCUGGGUCCAGAGCACUUCCAACUUUUCAUCGCUACUAUCAUGUUUUCUCUGAGGGAGAAUUGGAAAAGCUUUGCAAGAACCUAUCCAGUAUACGGAUUGUACAUAGUUAUUACGAUCAAGGGAACUGGUGUGUGAUAAUUGAGAAAUGCUAAAAUGUUGUAAUUAGCUGUUAUGUCUGCUUGCAACACGAGACCUUUGGUAUUUUGUAAACCACAUAUUUGUAGUUUGUUCACAUAGAAGCAAAUUUUUUUUUAUUGCAUUUCUUGAGGCACAUAUGGCCUCCAAACCAGUGGCUCUUGUUAAAUGGCAUAUCUACAAUACUCUUCAUUGCAGCUUUUUUUGUGGAAUGUCUUAAGAGGAUUUGGUACUUUUUAAAAAUACUUUACAUUUAUUUUUCUCUUUUCUUGGUGGUCUUAUGGCAACUCCUAUUGGUUGAGAGUGUGGUCUGACAGCUUUAUUCCAGGUUUAUGCGAAUGCUGCUCUGAAACUGGCCUCUGGGAAUAAGUAUUUCUUAUCUCUCUUUCCCUGUGGGGAAUUGCUGACUGACCCAUGUUUAACUCCAGCUCACACAGUGUUAUGACUUAAAUCAGACUAUGGUGCAUGGAAGAUCAUGGAUGUUAACCACCUGCUGUAGCACAAUGGGUUGCUUCAACAGUGUACAUUUAAAACACAGUCGUUUGAUAUUGGGCAAAUGCCACCUCUCAUAGCUUCACAAUGUUUCUGUUAAUAACGUGUAGUGACUCGGCAAACAUAGUAACCAAUGUGCGUUAAGCAAUGUGCCACAAACAGCGUGACGGUCUGUGUAACGAAGUGAACCAGGCUGUUGUCUGAAGUAUAAUUUAGGUAUCUCCUUAUGAAAAUAUUAAAGCUAAUCAUUAAAUGCUCAACUGUAGCCUAAAGGUUU